AUCCUCCAUCGUUUUUCAUUUCUCGAACUAUCACCCAUCAGGAUGUUGUCGGCCGUGUUCAGAAGAGGAGGCACUGUUGCCUCAAGAGCAGCAUCAUCGCCGCACUGGAAACUGCGGCCACUAUCAUUACCAGGAUCGCCACCCCCAUCCGCUGCCUGGAUUCCAUGGAGCACGAAAAGACAUCUGAUGGGCAAGGGACAAAGCAUCUCUCGCGACUUGGUUUCUUCAUGCAGGACACUCAAGCUGUCACACUCAACUGCACCAUCCUCACCUCGAGGCUUCUUCAACGGCACUGCGAAAACGCAUCUCGCCAAACAACACUGCAACCCACCAUCAGGAGGAGGACUCUACUCGACUUGUGCUCGUAGGCCAAUUCGACACCACAAUCAACAUGAACCAGCCCUUAUCAUCCUCCAGGGAAAUCACCAACGCCUUCUUCGACCCUGGCUCCAACAACAAGCCUCCAAGUUCCACACCUCCCGACCAAACCAUCUCCCCCUGCCCAUCAUCCCCGCCGCAAUCUUCACUCUCAAGACCCCCGUCACCGCUGUCGUCCUCCGAAUAGUCUCGAGGAUCUCACUCACCCUCCUCCCCUUAUCCGCGAAGCAAUCCCCAAGGGUCAUCCUCACCCUCGUCCUGAUCCCACCCAUCUGUUUCGCCCUUGUUAUCUUUGCGGGUCUCGAAGCGGCACCCAACACGGGUCGAUGGCGGUUCUUGUUCACGAGCGAGGAAGAAGAGUUGACGAUGCUUCAGGAUGAGAUCCCCACGUUUAUGGAGAGCAUUAAAGUUCUGGAGGAUGAGAACGAUCCAAGGGUACAGUUGGUUAAGCACAUUUUGAAGAAUCUUUUGAGUGCUUCGAUUGAACAGGAUGGAUCUACAUUGAGAACCGGGAUAGUGGAGAGGCUAGAGAAGAAGCAUCAGGAUGCACAGCGGUUGUUGAAGGAGCAUCAACAGCAGCACAAGGUGGACCCAACGGAGAAUGGCAGCACUGCCGACGAAAGUACACCAGUAGUCGCAGCAGCGAGUAAAGCAAUUGUCUCCACACAGAGACCUAUACCCUCAACCGGAUCAUCGCCAUCGCCCUCCUCCUUUGCAUCCGACGGUGACGAUGACGAGGAUGACCUGGAUCUCAGGGAGAUCAGCUUCGAGGACCGGCCGUUCCAGAUUUUUGUCGCCGAGGACGAGACCAUCAAUGCCUUCUCCCUGGGCCCACCCCGACUGAUCUUCAUCAAUUCAGGGCUUUUGGACUGGCUUGAGAAUGAUGAGGAUCUGGUCGCCGCUGUCGUUGCACACGAGCUCGCUCACGUUAUCCAGAGACAUACCAUGGAAACCCACGGACGCGAGACCGUCAUGCUCUUCCUCGCUGACCUUCUGAGAAGCGCAUUGUGGACAAUCUCGAUCCCUCUGGGCCCCUGGUUCAAUUCAUGGGUCGACCAAACCACCAACAACCUCCUCCACUUCACAGCCUCAGGACCGUUGCAUCAAACCAUCGAGGUCGAAGCCGACACCGUCUCACUCACCCUCCUAGCCCUCGCAGGGUACGACCCCAUGCACGCCGUCAGACUCUGGGAGCAAUGGGCCGACAAGGACCAAAAGGAAAUGGAUGCUGAGGAUUCGGUUGAGGUCCAUAAAUGGACUGAUUGGAUGUACGAUCAUCCACCCUCGGCUGAGCGGGCGCGGUACCUGAAGGAGGCUGUCAUGCCCGCACGAGAGAUGUGGGAGAAGGUCCUUGGAAGACGUAAGGCCCCGAUGAAGAGGUUCUUGCCACUGGAGACGCGGCUGAGAGAUCAAAUCGAUGAGGAUGGGGAUUUAACAGAGGAGACAGUGCAAGAUGUGAUGGAAACGAUGGAUGAGCUGUUGAAGAAGCAGGAGAAAGAAGAGAAGGAAGCGCGGCGACGGAGUGGGAUCAGAGGAACGUUGAAGAGGUGGGCUAGUUGGCGGCCGUGGGCAAAGUCAUCGGAGAUGGAUGUCAACUUGGGAUCGACAGAGCCGGCAAAGGCAUAAUAGGAGUUACAGCGGGAUCCUUCAUUGUAGAUAAAGAAUCGGGCAUUAAAAGACACUCUUAUAU